AUGCUACAGACAAGACUCGAUUUGGGCUGUCCGUUCACUUGGCCCGCUUCUGUUGCAUCUAUAACACUCACCAAUGAUCAAGAACAACAUAAUGCAUCGCCACUUAUACCCGAAAAUUGGAUACAACUUCGGUACAAUGAAAGUUUGUGGUUAGGCGAGCAUCAUACACCUCUAUCCGCAUUCUUAUCGCACGUAUCACAUCUACAGCAUACGUGUUCAACCCAGAACACAGCAGAAGCAUUACGUUUGCUCAUACGAUCCCGGGCGGAAGUCCGACAAAGAUUCAGUGGUACGGCAGAUGGAACCAGUGGCUGGUCUGACAAAGAUAAGUUACUUGCAUGUAUAGAUGCAAAAGGGACGAUCGAUCAACCUGAUAGCGAAAGAGCAAUCGUGUGCAAUGCGCUCAAAAGUGGACCGGCGAAAGUCGUUGCAAAGGAGCUACAAGAAUCAAAGGAGAGCGGGAUCGGCUCAUUCGGAAAAUUAUGGAUCGAUGCUAUCGAAACAAGAGAGUUACAGCUGCAGGUAAUGGUACUCCUUUCUCUCCUACAACUCAAUGCAGAAAAUCCAGAUCUUUCCAAGAUGAACAAAUCAAUUGAAAAAGAUGGAGAGAGUAGUUCAAGUCCAUCUUCAGUCAAACGCCGCAAGAGAAAGGCGGAAAAGAGUCAAAGGUGGACGGGCGUGGGUAGCAUCUUUCCUUGGCAAAUGGGCAAACCACCAACAAGCACCGGCUCGAAAGAGACAAAUCCUUCGUCAGAAUCUCUAUCGGAUCCGGAGGUCCUAUCAAAGCAAUUUGAAGGUAUAGUUGACUUUCUUUGUCUACGUGUGGCUACGACGAACAUCUCUUCGAGCAUCCCGUUUGGUUCUGAAGGUAGAAAGAAGGAAAGCAAAGAUGAUAGGGAUGUAUUGCAAUGGUUUUGUUAUUUAAUCGAAACUCAUUUUGCCAAAGCCCUGCCACGUCAAUGUGGUACUUUGCGAUCUCGUUGUUUCAUUUCAAUUGCCGCCACUCCGGCAAAACGUAGCAGACAGAAAGACUCUCGAACGAAGUCUGAUGAUCCUCGAGCGAAAAGUGUUGACGCCCGACCGAAAGAGUCAGUAGGUGCACUGCAAAGAUCACUUUUACGGGAAAAUUCUCAAAGAACACAAUCUUUCGCAGCUGCGAAGCGAAAGUCAACGUGGGAUGCAAGGGAAGUAAGUGUUCGAAAGCGAUGGGAACGAAGUCAGAGUGUUGGAUCGUCUAUCAAUGGUGUGGACCGUCAAGAUGGUAUGGCGUACCAGCAGUCUAUCAAACAGCCGGUGCAGCAACCCGCUCAAGUGAUUGCUUUAAGCACACCUUCAAAGCCACGCCAAGUUCAACACUUACCCACCCGACGCAAGACGAUGAAUACCAACGGCUUUUCCCAAAUGACCGAUGGUAAACAAAAGAUCUCUGGUACAAAUUGGCAUAGAAGCGAAUCCCAACCUGUCCUGACGUCAUCGGCAGAUUCUAUCUUCGGCCCAAGUAUGAAUACAAACGAUAAUGAUGAGGAGGAAGACACUGGAAUGGAAAAUCUGGACGAGUCCCUCCGUCAAGCUUUUGAUGAUGAUGAUGACGAUCUCAAUACAGAUCCGAUAUUCGGCACGGGCUAUUCAGACUGGUAG